CGCGACGACGCAAGCUGCUGCGGAUGGUCGCGACAACGACGACGACACCGAUCUCUAAACUAUAUAAAAAUAAACGCCACGAAACAAAAUAAGAAAAAGCCAAACCGAGCAGGCCUGUGCCAAAAAAGUAUUCAAAAUUAGAGUACAUAUAGUGAUCUGUGAUCUGUGGCCUGCUGCAGUGUGGUGUGCUGUAAAUUGACAAUAAAUAAUUCAUAAAUAUUGUUAGGGAAGCGCAAUGUCCUUUGCCAUGAGCGUGGCAGCACGCAAGGGCAGCACCCAGCUGGAUGUGAUGCAAAAAGCUGGCUGGAAGAUUGAUGAAAACGAACAGGCCUGCUACAUAGACGUCGAUGAGGACAAUGACAAUAUUGAAAGCUGCCUCGAAUCGAAGUGGUGCUACCUGCCCGACUUGAUACUCGAGGAAAUCUUUACCUAUCUCUCGCCCAAAGAGCGCUACUACGCGGGUCUGGUCUGCCGUCAAUGGCAUCGUGCGUUCUAUUUGCCAACAGUUUGGAACAACUUCGUGGUCGAUGAUCGCACGCUGACGCGACCAAAAUACAACUACUACUCCGGCUGGCAGUACUGCCUCGAUCACAUGCGCACGCAGAACUGCCUGUCGCGAAUUGGCCGACACCUGCGCGGCAUCGAGUUUCGACCGUGGCAUAGCUUCAACAAUAUCUACCAGUUUAUGACAAUGCUCUCCUGGAGCAUGGACAAAGGCAACGAAGUGAACGCCGAGCCGCAGCUUGUGGGCAUGGGUCGUCGCAUACGUUCGCUGGUCUAUCAUUUUCCCUGCAACAUGUCACAGCCCAACGAUCCGGAGGGCAUCAAGCUCUUUGGCACUGGAGGACAGCUGCUAAAGGGUCUGAAGGAGUUGAUGCUGCGCUUGACGGAUCUGCACACACUGAAGCUGGUGGACUUUGUGCUGGAACGCUUCGAGGCGAAUCACUUGCUGGACGAGGUCGUCUGCAGCUGCUGCACCAAGAUGCGGGUGCUCAAUCUGGUGAAUGUCACCACCACACACUGUCCGAUCAUGCAUGUGGGAUUGUUUCUCAAUCUGCAGGUGCUCACCAUUUCUCCACAAAACAUAGACGACGAUGUGCUGUCGCUGCUGGCGGAUACAAAGCUGCGGCAUCUGUACUUGCUGCAAAACUGCUAUACGCCGAAUCACCUGACCAUCAGCUCCUGUGGCGUCAAGGCUUGGCGCAGCCUAAAGGCGACAAACCCGCGAAUGCGCGUGCACCUGCGGCUGGAGAAUCUCGUGGACGGGGAGGUGGUGCUGCAGCCAGAGGCGCCGGUGCACAGCAUCACCUACUGGGCGCCACAGGCACGGGUGAGGGCUGAUCUGCUCGUUCGCAUGAUCGAUCACUACAAGAACACGCUGGCUGUGUACGGGCACGAGCUGCUGCCGCGCUUCUCCAGCCCCAAGCCGUUCCACAAUCGCAUCGACGGCCUGCUGAUGCUGAUGUGCCGUCAGUGCUUUAACUUGGAUACUCUGACCAUACGGGAGAAGGUGUCCACAGCGACGCUGCUGCUGAUUGCACGAACGGCCAAGAAUCUGCGACACUUGAAUGUGAGACGCUUCGCGGUGAUUCUACGCUGCGACUGGCCACGGCAUCCGGAAUGGAGCGAUGAGUUCCAUGCCUGGCUGCGGCGCAACUCGCGCUCCUACGAGUCCGUGGAGCGGGAGAUCUCCCACAUUUUGGGCUACAAAUGGCAGCUGUUGAGCGAUCGUGACUUCAAGCAGCUCACAGUCAAUGCCAAAUCGGGUGCCUGAAAUAGUCUUCCGCCUGCCAUGCCCAGGAGUCUUGUGAUAAACGGUGUAAAGCUUUACUUAGUUGCCCAAAGUUUGCUAUGCAAAAUAAAGUAAAUAUUUUGAA